AUGGACAUCACAUCUUUCCACCCAGGCCAGCGUGACUGGAGUUCCACUCGAGCUCACAGAGCCCCAAUCCUCACCCUGUGGUCUGAGUCCCCCAAAUCAGCCCCAACCUACCCCAUUGGCUAUCUGCUCUUCAACGGGCGGCUGAUGCUCGACUACGCCGGAAACCCCAUCAGAGCCUUCCGGAAUCUGCCCCUCACAAUCUCCUCCGCCGUCAAAGGCUUCCGACUCGAGACCUGGAUCCGACAGGACAUCCACCGUCUGCGCAUUGACGACAUCCUCGCCAGACUCCGGACACGGAACACGCCGAGCGGUCGGCAGCCAUUGCAGAGACGGGGAGAUCUGACGGAUCGAACGAACGCCUUCAGGUCGAAGUCGGGACUCGUCACGUUUCGCCCGCGCAAUGAGGCCGCCAAACUCGCGGCCAGAGCGUACAUGGAUUCGCUCCGUACGGCGGCGCAGAGAGCGAGUAAUCGGGCCACCGAUCGGGAUCUGACGCCCGAUCAACUCGCUACUCUCAAGGAGCUCAGCAAGAGGGUUUCUAUAAACGCAGCUGCUGGAUCGAGUGCAAGUGUGAAUGCUAGCUCUCCCAACACAGUUUCCGAUCCUGCCUGCACUGUCUCACUUACCUCUCGACCAUCUCGUCAUCGUCGCCCAUCUCCAGCUCCUCCCACGCCCCCAGCACCAACGCAACCUCUGCCAGACUCACGUGACGACGUGCCCCAAACGUGCAAAGAGGCAUAUAUCCUCAGAGACGCCCUCGAAGAAACGGUCGAGCAUUUCAAAAAGCUCACUGGACAAAACCCGAAGCCCACCGCUACCACCAAAAGCUACUCUUCACAAUGGAACGCGCUGCAGGCGCAAUUUGCUCCCAUCUGGAAGUCACAGAGGCCAGCAGAAGAGACACCGUUUCUCUUCAAGCUUCGCGCAUGGACUGGUGGUAUUGGUCGCUGGGCCUACGAUUGGCGGACGCAGGUGGGCGGUGAGGAGAGAGACAGCGAGGGUGAGAUUUUUGGUAGAUACAUGGAUGCCACGCACGGGAGCACCGCCUACCUUGGGCCAGAUGGAAGCUGGCGAUCGGUGAGGGAUACUUGGUGUAAUUCUCGUUUCAAGCCUACCGUGGGCCGACUGGGUCGGAGAGAUCCAACGAGUGAAGAGGAGGGUUCUGAGGGAGAUUCUGAGAAGGAUUGUGACGACGACUUUAAGGACACUGAGUAUCAUGAUAGCACUCCCUCUGUUUCAUUUGAGAAGAAUGAUAACUAA